UCACGGCGCGCCGGAAGCGCGGCCGGGUGACGCGGCGCGGGCACUUCCGGCAGAGCGAUGCGGGUGCUGCGCGCGCUGCGGGCGGGGCUGCGCGCGGCGCACGGCGGCGGCGGCGCGCGGGAGGGGCGGCGGCCCCCGCAGGAGCAGGUGACGGUGGACGUGCUCGACCACCUGGAGCACCUGGCGCUGGUUGAUUUCCGCAACGCGGAGGGCGUGGAGCGGCUGCGGAAGGCAGUGCAGUUUGCGGAUCAGCUACACGAGGUAAACACGGAGGGAAUAGAGCCGAUGGAUUCGGUACUGGAAGACAGGUGUCUGUAUCUCAGAGAUGAUGAUGUUACAGAAGGCAACUGCACGGAAGAGCUGCUGAAAAAUGCCAGAGGGAAAAUAGAGGAAUAUUUUGUAGCCCCACCAGGUAACAUCCCUUUACCAAAGUUAGAAGAAAGAGAGACUUUUCUGCAGCGAUCUUAAUGAAAACCAAGAACCAAAAUGCCGUUUCAAUAUUUUAUUUGAGAAAACAAGGGUUUGUGCAGCCACAGCUGAAAUACUGUGGUGAAUAUUUUGAUCAAAAGAAGAGCACUUGUACUACUAAAUUUUUACACCUUCCUUCUGUAAAAUAUCUUGCUACUGAAAUAUAUUCAAUGUUUAUGAAGCUAAAAGGCAGCAUGAAAUCUAGACUGGUAUCCUUUGUGCUUUUAUUUAUUAAAGUGCAUCCAUGUUAGUCUUUAAGAUACUGAAUAGCCUAAAGGCUUCAAAGAGAACAUUAAGCGCGAUGAUUAAAAUAAAACCCCAAACACGAUUUUGUUUUCUUGACAAACAAAGAAUAAAACCCAAAUAUUUGCAUUAUAUCCUUACCAACAGCCCUCUGCAGGCAUGAAUGAGGAAUGAGCAACUGGAGCAUAGGACCGAUGCAUAAAUAACCAGACUGAGAUUUCCAUAAAGGUGGUAGUUGCUUUGUUCACAUUCUGGUAUUCAACGUCUACAGAGAAAGACUUUAGAAAACAUUUGGCAAUAUUGAGAAAUACCUUGUUAGCAAUCACCUGCAAGAGCAGAGGCUCAACUACCAGAGAGGAAAACGGGAACCCGUUUCCCUCCAUCUAACAGAAAUGGAAGGUGCUAUGAUGUCAGCCUAGCCAGAGGGCUAAAGGAUGGAGUCUACCCAUUAGGCUUUUAACUGCUGGUGGCAAGUAGCCACAAAAAAACUAGAGCCAUCCUUCACACUAAGGGGAGGCCAAACUCUCAAGCAACAGUUAUGUACCAGUAGCUCAAAUUCUGUAAGGAAAUCUCCCGAGCAAGCAUGCUCAGCCUUCGGCUCCCAGGCAGGACGUUUGUCAUAGAAAGCUCAGCCACAGUAAAAAGGUGGAUGCAAAGAAGUAGCACCGCUCCAAGAACAACAAAAAAAAGAAACCAACCCUAUGGCUUACCAGCUCAGAGGCCAGGAGACCACCGCAGGAAGAGGUUCUGUGCUGGGAAAAUGGGAAGCAGCACUACAGCAAGCAACGUGUGAUGGUCACUGUCUCAUCCUGCCUGAUGAUCCUGAAGUUUGCUCACAGAAUCUCCAGCAGCUGAAGGCACACGGAGCGAAGGCUCAUUGAGAGAAACCAGAGACCUGCUGAAAAGAGAAUACUGCAGCAAACUAGGAGUCGUCCAGACCUUCUGCUCCCAGGCUAUAAAAAGCACAGUAAACAUCUGUGACAAACAGACUUUUUUUCCUGGGCCAUGCCCCCUCCAAAUAUAUAUUAAAAGAUUCAGAAUUAUUUAUUCUAAUAAUAACUUCAUGCACUGGAAGAGAUCAUGAGCCACAAUGGAAUUUUCUUCAGAAAUGCUAGAAGAGACCCUUGAAGUUAUUGUAACAGGAUACUACUAAUCACCAGCUCUGAGAUUCUGCUUUUAUGACUCUUGAGAGCGGGGCAGGAAAAGGAAUGUUCCUCCAUGACAGCGUAUGCACACGCUGUUCCCCGCAGGGCAGAAACUCACCUCGUGAGAUUGGAGCUUGAUGUCAUCCAGUUUACACAGUACAUGUUCUAUGUCUUCUUUACAAGGAAAAGCUACUGCUGCCAUUCUGUAUACGCCCACUCCAGACACUCCCAUCUUUCUGUAUAUUUGCAUAAUAAACUUCACCAGUUUCACCCGUGCAA